GCCCGUCUCCGCCGGUUUAGGGCUGACACGGUUUCCGUCUGAAGAGUGCACAAAAUUCGUUGAGUGGCGCCCUUUUGUCCCCCGCCCCGCCUUCCUUCUUUUCUUGUUCUUUUGUAUCUUCGUUCUCCCUUAUUCUUUUCGUUUCGUCUCGCCCUGUCCCAUUCUCCCUUUCUCUAUUUUCUGGCAACCUGCACGCUAAUACCAGAUGGAAAUAAAACCCCCUUUGUCGCCCGCGCGCCCUGUCUUUCUUUACCUAUGACAGAAUAGUAGGCCCAGCACCCAGGCUGAUUCCGGAUCCGUCACGAUAAACUCCUGGCUUUAUAACGCGCCUCUGUUAUUUAACCCAGUCAAGAAACUACCAAGCAUGUCGCGACAUCGCGCAUCUGGUAAACCAGCCCCUAUUCUACUGCAUUUACCAGAAAGAAAAACAUGGCCGAGAAAAAGAAGCAGCCCACGUGGCGGGAUGUAUGGACUCCGAGCCUCGCCGCUGACUUCGGUAGUGGAACCGGAUCAGCCAUUUGGGGCGGGAAUGCCCGGCCAAGCUUGCAAUCAUUGCAAAACUUCUUCCUGCCCAAUCACGACGCUGUCGACGUCAGAUAUGAGGACCUAUUCGACGCGGACGACGGCAAGAUUAACACAGAAUUUGAUACUGGGAAUUUUGAAGCCGAGUCAUUCGUCGAGCUCAACUACGCUCGCGUCUGGCACGGUGAAAUCGAGUUCGACACCGACCCGACCGUGCAGUACGUUGGAGACCGAGAACGAUGGCGCCACGGUUUGCUUAUGGAAGGGCACAACGGGCUCGGCGGCUGCCGACGCCACGAAACGCUUGUUGACGAGGCCUUGUUCACGUUUGCGAACCGACUGAUACUCAACAUCAACAAAGUCGCCAAAAUCCUCCCAAUCGGCGCCGCCGGGAACUACUUCAUCCUGCCCAUUGCCUACAUGCUCAAGCAGCCCUGGCCGGGCGAGGUACCCAAGCCUCAACACAGAGACCAUAUGGUGGUGCCACUCUUAAACACAAAUAUUGAAGAAAGCACUCUGGGCCCCCUUUUCAGUCUCGAAAAGAGAUUCAACGACGCGCUAUUUACCCUCCACAUUGUCCACUUCUAUUGCGGAGUCAAUAGCAAGCAUAAAAAAAAGGGAGUCGAGUUGGCGCACUACGCACUUAUAAUUCGGCAAAGAAACACAGGGGACACGUUCUAUCUAGACUCGAUUUCGGAGGGGAGGCCUCAGCGCGGCGAUGUUGCAAAGAUGAUGUUGGACAAGUUGCUGGAGGAUUCGGGCAUUCCUGCAAAUAAUGACAGGCACCACAGGGUCAUCGCCGUCUGGCCACAGCAUGAUGAAGUCAGCUGCGGGCUCCACGUCAUUGCCAACAUGAUCGCCUUCCUCGAGAUGGGUGUGCUGGGCUGGGACAGGAUUCCGCGCUGGCAGGACAAGCGCGGCCACGGAGACCCGGUUAAAAUGAUCAGGCAGCUCACGACCUCGCUGCACUAUAUCUGGGGCCUCAAGCGGAGUGGUUUCGACAAAAUCAACCUGGGGCCCAGGCCUGAGGAAUGGCAAAUGGAGGACACACCCAGCGAUCUCCCAAAGGAGAGCGAAGCAGCCAUUACCGUCAGAGAGGCGAGAAAAGAAGCAACAGAAAAAGAAGACGCCGUACGAGAAGUAGAAGAGGCGUUAAAAGCAUCAUCAAAGACAAAAUCCAAGUCCAAGACAGGCAACAAGAGAAAACGCGAAGACGAUCCCGCUCCCGACGAGGACGACAAAGACGGCGGGAAUCCUGACGACCCCAAGGACAAUCCCAAAAACCAGCCAAAGCCCAGGGGUAGGCUCAAAAAGAGUCCCAAGACCGCCGCUGCCACCAAGACCGCCACUAAGGCCGCUCCCAAGGCCGCCCCCCAGGCCGCCGCCGCUCCAACCAGGAGCAACGCCGGCCGUGAAGUAAAGAAACAGAUCAACUACAAGUCCUGAGGCUGGCGCUAGCGUUGGUGCGGCGGAGUGGAGGGGACGCGCGAACUUUGUAAGUCUUCAAAGCAUGUAUUGACCGAACUAUAUUAUCUAUUCGUGCUUGCAUUUCUGUUCUUUUUUUUUCCUUUUCCUUCCGAUUCUUGCAUUGCUUCUCUUUUCGCGCUGGGGCAUGUUCCAUGGUUUCUUUCGUCCAGGGGCUGCUUGCUGGUUGCUAUUACAUAGCAUCUUAGGUUUGUGUCCUGGAUUACCGGGCCAAGCUGGCAUGGGCGUUGGACAUGCUGGUGUGGAUACCAGUUGCUCGCAAUUUCGAUUGUUUCCUGUCUUCGGUGUCACUUGAUGCCUGUUUCUUUCUUACAGGUCUUGUUCUUUGUGAUAAUUACAUGCAGGGUGCAUUUCUCGUCUACUUUUUUGUGCUUUUUCUAAAAUUCUGGCUGGCUUGGUGGAUGAUUACAGUGG